AUGUUGCAGAGAGCGGCUAGCAAUGCGUAUUCGUGGUGGUGGGCGAGCCACAUUAGAACAAAGCAAUCAAAAUGGAUGGAGCAACACCUUAUAGAUUUCCAGGAGAAAGUGGAAGCUGUUAUGAAACUCUUGCAGGAAGAUGGAGAUUCCUUUGCCAAGAGAGCAGAAAUGUAUUACAAAGGGAGGCCCGAGCUAAUUAAUUUUGUGGAAGAAUCAUACCGGGCUUACCGAGCUUUAGCCGAGCGAUAUGAUCACAUAUCAAAAGAGUUACAAAACGCAAACAACACCAUUGCUUCCAUCUGUCCAGAGCAAGUGCCGUUUAUGGAUGAAGAUGAUGAGGAUGGUUCACCCAAAGCUUCCAGAAAAGCACCAGAAGGGUUCAAACCUAGUAAUGCUGCUCCAAAGGUUCCAAAACCUCCACGAAAAGAUUUAAAAACAGUCAUCACGUCAGCCACAAAAAAUUUUUGUACCAAUAAGAAGGUAGUGUCUAAAGCAGGUGCUCCAAAAGAACCUAUCAAAUCUGGAUUGAGCAAAAAGGAGGCACUUGAAGAAAUUGACAAGCUCCAGAAGCAGAUUCUGACGCUACAAACUGUGAAAGAGUUUGUGAAGAGCACAUAUGAUAAUGCCAUUCAAAAGUAUUGGGAUACGGAGGAGGAAAUCAAAAGAUUGCAAGAGAGAGUUUCCCUUUUGCAUGAUGAGUUUGGUGAAGGUAUGGUGAUUGAAGAUGAUGUAGCUCGUCGUUUGAUGACAGAAGCAGCUCUUAAAACUUGCCAAGAGACAUUGACUCGUUUGCGUGUGAAACAAGAAAGAUCAUUUGAUGAAACCAAAAUUGAGAACAAAAGGGUAAAGGCGGUCAGGGAGAAGUUGGAGUCUCUCAUGCACAAGUUACAUUAUGAUCAGGUUAGCAGGCCAGAGCCGAAGACAGGGAAAAAUGUGAAACAAAUGGCCAAGGAUUUGGAUCAAGAUAUUGAAAAAAUGAAUCAACAGAGACAAGAGUUGCAGCUAUUGCAGAAUCGAAUUAAAGAACAAAUUGCAGCUGGCUCUUCUGGAUCUAUCAGUGUGUCAGAAAUGGCUGAGAAGAUUGAUGAGCUUGUGAACAAAGUGAUAAGCUUAGAAACUUCGAUUUCCUCCCAGGAUGCUCUAGUAACAAGAUUAAGAGCAGAAACCGAUGAACUUCAGUCCCAGAUUGUGUAUCUAGAAGAUGAUAGGUCCAGUCUUAUUGAUGAGAAAAAUGAUUUGACAGCCAAGCUGAGAGAAAUGGAUGAAAAAAUGCAAGUCAUACAGGAUCUCAACGAAAUGGUUGAAACCCAGAAUACAGAUCUUCAAACCCAUUUUACUGAAGCGCUUUGUGAUCUUGAUCAUCUUUCUGAGGAGGUCCCAAUUGCGAAGCCAGAUAAGAGGGAUGAGAUCCCGGAUUUGUCAAAGAGAGAAAGUGAACCUUCAGGUGAAGCUAUAUCAAAUCAUGAAGUUCAAAGACAAGAUGAGGGUCCAACUGUGAAGCCAGAUGAGAGGGAUAAGAUCCCAACGAAGAGAGAAAGUGAACCAUCAAGUGAAGCUGUAUCAAAACAUGAAGUUCAAAGGCAACAUGAGGUUCCAAAUGUGAAGCCAGAUGAGAGGGCUAAGAUCCCAGAUUUAUCAAACAGAGAAAGUGAAGCAUUAGGUGAAGCUGUACCAGAACAUGAAGUUCAAAGGCAAGAUGAGUGUCCAAUUGUGAAGCCAGAUGAGAGGGCUAAGAUCCCAGAUUUAUCAAAGAGAGAAAGUGAAGCAUUAGGUGAAGCUGUACCAGAACAUGAAGUUCAAAGGCAAGAUGAGGUUUCAAUUGUGAAGCCAGAUGAGAGGGCUAAGAUACCAGAUUUAUCAAAGAGAGAAAGGGAACCAUUAGUUGAAGCUGUACCAGGACAUGAAGUGCAAAGACCAGAUGCACUGAACCAGGAAAACCUCUCAAUAAAUGAUUUAGAGUCAGAUAAGAAGCCUAAGGUCGCCGGUCUGGAGGAUAAUGAUGUGCAGAAAGAUAACAAGAUUGGUGCCGCUGAUUUUGCAGAUGAUAAUGUGCAGAAAGACAACAAAAUUGAUGAAAUAAGCUUGGGGAAAGAUCGAGAAACUAAUGUCACAGGAUCGGUGGAUAAUGAAAUGAAGGUCACAGACUCACUUCAAAAUGAAACAAGGUCAGAUAAUGAGCAUAAGGUUACGGAAUCAUCUGAAAAGGAAGAGGCGUCAUCAACAGGAGGCCAAUCUAGAUUUAAUGUUUUUAAAUCACAUAUAACAAAUUUCAUUUCAUUAACACAAAUGAAACCCAAAGAACAAGAAAAGACUCCAAGUCCUGGCAAUAAUUCACCAGCAAGAUCUGCAUCAAGCAUCGCCACGGGAGAUCAGGAUCUCAGCCAACACAAGGAAAGUGAGGAGGCAAAUAGUUAUUCUGAGAGUUCUAGAGACCAGCAGGAAAAGAAUGCAACCCAGUCUACAUCAGAGACUGAAAAUGCCCAUGAAGUUCAUUCCCAGAAGCAGGCAACAGCAAAAGACGAUGGACCUAAUUGGCGGCAGUUGUUUAUGGAUGGAAUGAAGGACAAGGAGAAACUUCUCUUAACAGAAUAUACGAAUAUUCUCAGGAAUUACAAAGAUGUGAAGAAGACUCUCAGUGAGUUAGAGAAGCAAAAUCAAGAAAUACUCUUUGAUACAUCCUUGAAGCUGAAAGAACUGAAGUCUUCCAAUGCCUUGAAAGAUGAAGAGAUUAAACUCUUGCGUCAGAAGCUAGGCCUCAUGGAGAGAAGUUUUGAAGGAAAUAAGGACUUGAAAGAGUUAAGAGCAACAGAAGAGCCUGUAAAGAAAGAAGAAGAAGAUGAUUAUGAUAUGGAAAUAUUGAAAGUUCACCAGCCUGACUCUACUUCAGCUAUAGAAGAGAAGUUCCGUAGGAGCAUUGAUGAAAUUCUGGAGGAGAACUUGGGUUUCUGGUUGAAAUUCAGCACUACUUUCACUGAGAUACAGAGAUUUGAGACCACUAUAAAAGAUUUGCAAUCAGAUGUAACAAAACUUGAGGAAAGUGGGAAAUCAGAGAGCGUCAGACAAUCUAUGAAAUCAGAGGCACGGCCAAUUUUCAAGCAUCUUGUGGAGAUCCAAACUGAAUUAUCAGUUUGGUUGGAGAAGGGUGCAUCGUUGAAAGAAGAACUUCAACGUAGAUCCUCAUCCUUGUGUGAAAUCCAGGAAGAGAUAACAAAGGCCUUGAAAGCCAGUGCAGAAGACUACGACUUCAAGUUUACCAGCUAUCAAGCUGCCAAGUUCCAAGGUGAGGUUUUGAACAUGAAACAAGAGAACAACAAGGUUGCUGAUGAACUUCAAGCAGGCCUAGAUCAUGUAUCAGGUCUGCAAUCUGAAGUUGAGAAGGUUCUUGCAAAGAUGGGUGAACAAUUUGGCCUCACAAGCUCAAAGAAACAACGAAACACAGAGAUAAGACAUUCAGAUAGUAGUGGGAGUGGUAAUCGUUCUCAUUCUCAGGUUCCUCUGGGAGCAUUUAUCUUUGGGGUUAAACCAAAGAAACAAAAACAUUCAAUCUUCUCUGGCAUUAGCCCUGGAAUGCAUAGGAAGUACCGUGCUGCCAUUAAAGGACAAUAUUUGUAA